AUGCCUGAACGUAGUAAUAGAGAAAGAAAUAAAGAUACUGCUAUUGAUGAUAAUUCAUCGAUUGAUUUUGAUCAAUUGAAAACAGAUAUCAACGAAGAUCUAUCUGAUGUGCAAAUACCAAUGGAAGAACUUGGUAAUACAGACGAAGAUCCAUCUGCAAGAAACAAUCGACUUGUUGCUGGUAUGGGUCCUAUUGAAAGCAAAGAUGAAUCUCUUCCUGUGAUAGGCUACGCUGCAGAACCUUUAUUACCAUUAGCUGAAGCAUGUGCACCGUUAUCUGAUAUGUUUCAUAAUUUACACUAUUAUGUGAAGAUGGCACUUGAUGAAACACCUGAGGAACCACCGGAUAAUUUAACAAUCGAUGAAAGUGCUGCAAUUCGUCUCUAUACAAUCGAAUGGGAAAAGCCACACUACAGUCUCUAUUCAACAUUAAAUCAUAUACUUAAAAAUUCUCCUCGCGAAGAGCUUCAACCUUUUUUCAAGUAUCUUAAAUUAUUUGUAAGUGCUCUAGCUAAAUUACCUUGUUUUCCACCAGUCACAGUUUGGCGAGGUGUAACUAAAGAUUUAAGUGCAGAAUUUUCUCGUGGUACUCUAGUGACAUGGUGGUCAUUUUCAUCAUGUACAACGGAAUUAACUGUACUUGAAAAUAAUAUGUAUUUGGGUACAGCUGGUGAGAGAACUUUAUUUUCAGUUGAAGUUAUUAAUGGUAGAACAAUACGUGCUCAUUCACAUUUCGUUACAGAAGAUGAAAUACUUCUUUUACCUGGAACUCAUAUGGAAGUUCAAUCAUUAUUUCGUCCAGCACCUGACUUAAAUAUCGUUCAUUUAAGACAAAUAAAACCAACCGUAACGCUACUCGAACUACCAUUCGAAGGUGCUCUGCUAUAUCCACCAUUACCAAAAAAAACGCCUUGGUACAAGAAAAAGAAAACAUUAGCAGAAAUAGCCCUAAUCAUUAUAGCUUGUAUUGCCGGCAUCAUUGUCGGUAUAAUAUUUGCAACAAGAAAAACACCUAAACCUCCACCAUGCUAUCCUCGAAAUACUACAAUCCGAGCUGAUUAUUUCUGGUCAUUUGAUUGUGCUGAUGCAAGAGAAGAUUUAACUGGUCAAUAUAAUGGUACUCUUAUAAAUGGUAUUCAAUUUACUUCACCUGAUUUUUCUGGACAAGGUCAAGCAUGUCAAUUGAAUCGAUUAUUAUUUCAAUAUAUAAAUUUUCCUCGUUCAUUAAAUCUUACAUUAAAUACUAGUUUUACUAUGAGUGCUUGGAUUUUAUUAACUGGAUAUCGAACGAAAACUCUAUUGACUGAUUGUAAUAGUCUUAAUCCAAUUUGUAUUGUAUUUAUUAUUGAUGAUAUCAUUAUGAAUAUAAAUAUUUUAAAUUGGAAUGAUGGAAGUAUUCUUCAACAAGCCGUUGCUUCGAUUCAAUUUACGACUUGUCAAGGAUGUUGGAUGUAUGUAUCAUUUACAUUCAAUAAUCAAACUGGAUCAACAGUUUUUUAUCUUAAUGGUGCUCGACUUGGAACACAAUCGUUAAAUAUGACAUAUCCAACAGUCAAUAAAGUAAAUAAAACACAAUUAUCUUAUCUUGGAGUGAAUGGAAUAAGUAUGACGAAUUAUUUCUAUGGUCUAGUUGAUCAAUUAAAUAUAUUGUAUUCUGUUAAAAAUGAUAGUGAAAUACAAUAUGAAGCUACUACAAUUUUUCAUUAUAAUUUCAAUAAUGAUAAUAUCAAUGCUGAUAUUGGUCCAAAUAAUAUACAUGGACUUAGUCAUAAUGUUUAUCGAUUAAUAUCAAGUAAUACAAGUACUCUUCUUUUCAAUUCAACUGAUUCAUAUUUCCAAUCAAUUGGUUUUACUCUUUUUGAUUCAAAUGAUUUUGAAUAUUCCAUUGCAUUUUGGCUUCGUUUAAUUUUAAUAACACCUGAUAAAAUCAAUAGUGCAACAGCUGUUCUACAAUUAUUAGGAGCAGUUAGUGGAUUAGCGACAGCUAGUUAUUCAUGUGCAAUAAGUAUGCAUGUUUAUCCUGGAGGUAGUAUAGGAUUCUUUUUUCCAAAACGAUUCGCAGUUGUUGAUGUAAAUGGUUCAUCAAUUAAAAAUGAUACAUGGACACAUAUUGGUAUUGUAUAUGAUAGUCCGGAAACGUAUUAUUUUUAUCAAGAUGGAAUAUUAAUAGAUACUGAUGUUAGCCGUCGUUAUUCAUCGAUAAUAUCGAGUAAUGCACGUUUUUCUGCAAGUUUUGGUGGUGUCUAUUUAAAUAAUUCAAUAACACCCAAACCAAGCAAUUAUGAACAAAUGAAAUGUUUUUCAGGACUUCCAGUUUUCAAUUAUACAAAAAUGUACGGAGGAAUUGAUGAUCUCAUAUUCCUUGGAAGAGCAUUAACAAGCUCAGAAAUUGCUACUCUUGCUGCUUCUAAAACUCAGACUGAUGAUAUAUAA